AUGCAAGCCAGUUUUUCUGGUAAUAUAGUUCAUUCAAGAUCCAUGCCUUCCAUCGCAUCUACUUCUGCUGGAUUUCGACAUCCAGAGUGGGAACUAAGUUCCAAUUCACAUGAAAACAGCAGUAGUAGUAUAAACAGCUCCUGGGAUAACCAUGGUGGGGAGUUGCAAGAGCGUAUUGAACGCCUCCUCUCUCACUGGGAAGACACCACCUCAGAAGUGAUCAUGAAAUGGGGUAGUAUAGGAGUAAAAUCAAGUGAAUAUACCAAAAUUCUACAUCGCAAUAUUAUCGAAAAGAAGCAGAGAGAAGAAGAAGAACGAGAAUUACAAAAAAUUAGAGCAGAAAGAAAAACUGAACAAAAACGACGAGAACGGCAGACUCGUAUGGCUUCUAAUUUUUGGGCUCGCCGACAUGAGAAGUGUAAGAAGUCUGGUAGUCAUGAGUUCGUUAACAGAAACAGAACACCACCGAAAGAGGAGCCACAUCCGUCGAAAACUCAGCGGGAUAUCGAAACAAGAAGUUGUAGUGUACCUAUACGACAGACACACAUCGCCACAGUGCAGAAGCUACGAAAGAGACUUGUUACUACACCAAUCACGCACACCGCUCUUGAAAGACAUGAAACAAAGGCAGAUUCAGAAUAUAUUUCUAAAGUUUUCCCUAUUGAAGUAGAUCAAUUAAGUUGGACAAGUUCUGGUAAAAAUCAGGAUAAUUUUAGCGAAAAAAGGAAUCAUAGUGAUCAACCCAUUCUCUCUGCAAUGUUGAUCUCCUAUGAAGAGCAGCAACAAAGUGAAAAAAAAGAAUCAUUAGUUGUAGAGGAAUAUAUUCCUUACCUCACUGCAUCUGAAUUUGAGGAGGCAACAGUUAAGAAUGAAUCCUCUUCUCUGUUAAUAAUGCCUGUUGCAGUACAAACCGAGACGAAACUGUUAGCUUCAGCUGUAGAAGGAAAGGAAGAAGUAAUUGAUGAAUUUGAAGAUGAUAGUUUCAAAUUUUUAGGGGCAGUUGUAAAGGAUAUGGUUCCUCCUAAGAAAGUACCUCAUGGCGAUGCAACCAAUGAAUUGGUAAUGACCCAUAGUAAUAGUAGUAGUAUUAAUAGUAGCAAGAACAAGAGUAAACGUAUCAACAAAAAGGGAACCAUAGAAACUAUAAUCACUGCGAAGAAUAAAAAUGAUGAGGUGAUAGAGCACAAAAUGGAAGUAACAGAGUUCAAAAAGGAUUUUCCAGAUGGUAAGGUAGAAGCAAAUGAUGUGUCUCUUUUUGAUAGCACUGAAGCAACAGGUCCAUCUGAAGAAGAACAAGAAAAAAGUAAAGAAAGUGUAUCAUACACAAGCAUUCACUCGGCUAGUAGCCAAGACGAGACAAAGCAACCUCAUUCAGAGACGUUAAGGUUAGAGAAAAGUUUGGAUGAAAGUGGAAAUUUGACUUCUGCCAAUAUUGAGCAUUCCGUUUCAACAGUGAAAGAGGAAAGCGGAACUGACAGCAUCUACUCGGAUGAUUUUGAGGUAAGCUCAAUUUCGGAGAAUGAUGCACUGUGA